UUGGGCUCCGAAGCCAGUAGUACUUAUCUCACUGUCAAAACUAAUCUUGAAACAGUGAAUCCUAUUCUAACGGUACAUUUCACGGAACUCCACACGAACUCAUCCUAUAGGAAAUAUGACUUCAAACUCCGACCAGAGGCUGGACCACCUUCUGAGCGUGGUGGAGAGCGAGUUUCAGAAGGGCAGCGAGAAAGGAGACGCCUCAGAGAGGGAUAUUAAACUGGGACUAGAAGAUGCAGAAUUAUGGACCAAGUUUAAAGAACUAACCAACGAAAUGAUUGUCACCAAGACUGGCAGGCGGAUGUUUCCAGUGCUCAGAGCGAAUGUGAGUGGCUUGGACCCCAAUGCUAUGUACUCAGUUCUCUUGGACUUCGUGGCUGCAGACAACAACCGGUGGAAGUACGUGAACGGCGAGUGGGUUCCCGGUGGCAAGCCCGAGCCACAGAGUCCUAGCUGCGUCUACAUCCACCCAGACUCGCCUAACUUCGGAGCGCACUGGAUGAAAGCGCCCGUCUCAUUUAGCAAAGUCAAACUGUCCAAUAAACUCAACGGGGGAGGACAAAUCAUGCUGAACUCUCUGCACAAGUAUGAGCCCAGGAUACACAUUGUGAAGGUUGGAGGGCUCCAGAAGAUGAUCAGUAGCCAGUCUUUCCCCGAGACUCAGUUCAUCGCUGUCACUGCUUACCAGAACGAAGAGAUAACUGCGUUGAAGAUCAAACACAAUCCAUUCGCUAAAGCUUUCCUCGAUGCCAAAGAGAGAAGCGACCAUAAAGACAUGCCAGACCAUGGUGGAGACAGUCAACAGUCUGGUUAUUCCCAACUUGGUAGUUGGUUUCUACCUGGUAACGGUCCCAUGUGCCCCAGCAGCAGCCCCCCUCCGUUCACCGGGGCCCCUGGCCACUCCUCAGGGUCCUACUGUGAGAGGUACUCCAGCCUGAGGGGCCACAGGGCCGCUCCCUACCCCAGCCACUACCCACACCGCUCCUCCAGCUCAAACAACUACAUGGACAACUCGUCGGGAGCCCUGCCCACCCAUGACAGCUGGUCAGCCCUUCAGAUCCCUAACUCCACCGGGAUGGGAACCCUGGCCCAUACCAGCAACUCCACAUCCAACUCCAGCCAGUAUCCCAGUCUGUGGUCUGUUGCCGGGACGGCCCUAACUCCUUCCGGCUCCUCCUCUGGCUCCAUCUCUGGUGGCCUGACCAGCCAGUUCCUGCGAGGCUCCUCCUACACAGGCCUGACCUCCUCCCUGCCCGUAUCCUCACCAUCCUCCAUGUACGACCCCAGCCUUAGCGAGGUGGGUGUAGGCGUGGGCGAGGCCCAGUUCGAAAGCUCCAUCGCCAGGCUCACCGCCUCCUGGGCACCUGUGGCUCAGAGCUACUGAGCACAGUGCUUCCAUAGCCAUUGACUCUCCUCAACCACCAUCCUAUUCCACAUCACCACCAUCUCCACUCUACUGCCUGACCAUCAGCUAGGAAACUUUUGGGUUGAAGCAGCAACGCCUUUGAAAGGCAGAGUCAACUCAGAAGAAGAUCUAUCUGAAGCAGAGAGAUGUAGGGUCCUCUCAGGCCUUGUGUUUUACCAACAUGACAUGGUUGAUCUUCCAUUCCAAACACCCGAGACAUUCUAAGCUUAGUCUGAGUGGAAGAGGCAUGUGUUUUUCCAUUGGAAGUUUCCUUCACUCUCUCCAAGGUGCAGUUACAAGCCUAAGACAAUCUGAAUAUACUUCCUCUACAAUUGUUCCAGUUGCUGGUGUGUUACUGUAGUUGUGUCCUUCAGUACAGACAAGAGUACUCCAAGACAAUCGUACGCUGGCGUAAGACAAUCAGGAUCACUAGCUACACCAAAGCUAAGUUUGUGAAGUAACCCCCUCAACUUUAUUAAAGGGGCCAAUCCUUAUGUUUAACUGUUUAUUGCUACAAUUAGUUUGGUUAUUAUUAUAAUAGAUAAAUAGGAUGAAAUAAUCUGUUGAUCUAACAUAAAACAUGUAUAUGUGUGUAUAUAAAAUAAAUUAACGUCCAUUUUCUUUGUUAGCCGUUUACAUGGAACUGUUUUGGAUCCAGUGUCAGUCAGUGUGUUGCUUUUUGUGGCCUGAAGGAAAAGAAAGAAAGAAGGAACGAAUGAAAACAAGAAGAAGUGCCUUGUAUCCUCCCACUGCAGCCCAGGAGAAAGCACAGAUGUCUCUUCUCCUUCGCUCUGUGUACAUUCCCUCCCUGGCAAUCAUAUGUACAUAUCUAUUCUAUUUGUGUUUGUUGGACUCAUUGGGAGUUUAUGUUUAUUUAUGUCAUUUUAAUAAUAAAUUAAAAGUUCCU